UGUACACGUUUUACGGAACGUUACGGAAUUACAAGAGGGGGCGGACACAAGAUCUGUAGGAGAAUAGAUCGGAAUUGGUUGAAUAGAAAUUCGUGAUGAUCGUGAUAGAAUAGGUAGAGGUGACAGAGGCUAGGUCUAUUUGUGAUAGUUAGCGGAGAAGUGAUCAUUAGUAGUAUGGAGCUGAGUGACGAUAAUUUAUUAGAAGAAGGACCAGGUGCAGAUUUCCAAGGAGCAACAUUACAGAUACAUCAAGAUUCUUAUUUGUGUAGUCGUAGCCCAAGUAGCCUAGAUGACAGUGAUUCUGUUGCAAAAUUAAUAUCACCAGAUGCAUCUAGGGUAUUGCCAGAUGAAAUAAAGUCAACGGAAGGCGAUGGAAAUAUAGGCAAGAGCUAUUUAAAAUCUGCAGCGUCAAGCGGUGUGGAUGUGGUUUCACCCAUUACUUCAAUUCCAAAAAGAAUCUCUGAAAAGCUUAAGAGGACAAGAUCAAAAAGUGACACGCCUGUCAAAAGUAACAUCAUUUGCCAAAACCCAAUACUAGAAGAAGAUGAGGCAAGAGAUUUCUUUACCUACAGGGACGGUUUGGUAGAGAAUGCUGUAAAAGAAUGCAUCUCUGAUCUCGUCACUCCAGAGAAAGAUGGGGAGGUUCUAGGUUCGUGGCUGCUUACUGAAAUCAGUUUAUGGGAUAAUGAGAAGGAGCGGCUUAUACUGUUGACAACACAAGUACUGAUCACUGUAAAGUAUGAUUUUAUUGCACUAAAACAGCUGGAAUUCCGAAAAGUAUCACUUGAUUUGGUGGACACUGUAAUUAUUGGGGAUCUCAUAUAUCCUUCAGGCUCCCUCGUACCACGGCUGAAUGGUCUCACCUCAGGAGUGGUGACAGUCGUGAAGGGCUGCUUGUUGAGACCACUGCAAGAGCGGUGGGCUCAAAAUAAAGACUUCUCUGCAUCUGCAUUUGACUUCAUUAGUUUUGAACCCAGAUCCCGUAAUAUUCGAGGGUUGAGAGUUAUGUGGAAUAAUGGACAACCCAUAACAUUCAGAAAGAAGUGGAAUCCUUUCAGUAACGAUAUACCAUGGACAACAUAUACAUCACAUCCACUUUUGUGGCGGAAAGACUCCACUAGUGCCAUCAGUGAAAUGUACAACAUAGAUGACUUUGCACAAAACAUUGUUUUGGCAGUGGAGAAAGCACAGACAACAAAUAAAACAGCCCCUUGUUGCAAUAUAGAACAUAAGCCUAUUGUCCUUGAGAACUACAUAGGUAUUGGUUCUCUUAUUCACAAUCGAAAUGCCCUUGGCUUUUUCAAGGUACGAGGCAAAUUCAGUUUUUAGUCCAGGGUGCUGGAAGUUGCAGAAUUCCUUCCUGGAAGGCUUGUAUACCGAAACUGAAAUAUGUACCUGGAUGAGUGUAAAUUGGAUACGUUGCUGUAACAGGUGUGUCUUGUGUUGCAUAAGGCUCAGCAAUACUGAACAGAUCUCCUUUUGAUUCACAUUUUUCAGGAAAUGGAGAUGUAUUAUUAUAAUUAGUCAUCAUCCUGGAAUAAGGGAUUUUAAAUCAGUUGAGAUUAUGGGGUUAGCAGCCAAAUUUUAACUUGGGAUGGGGUCAUUUUAUUGGUGGUGAAAGUAUGAACUGCUGAGACAGUGUAUGUUAAUGCUGUACCCAUAAUAUUUUGGUAUUCUGAUAUGGAGUAAUGUGCAAUUAUGAAGUACAGCAAGAUUUCCGUACUGUGUUACAGAUUUUCUCUUUCUGUGAUAAGGCAUGGUAAGAAAGAGUUCAGUGUAACUCACUCUGUCUUCUUUUUGAUUUUAGAUUACUUGCCCAAUAUUUUGUGUUCCUUGAAUAUUGAUUUAACACGAUAAGUUCAAUACGUAUGAGGAUUACAGUUUUUAGGAUGUGAUGCCAUAUAGUCUGGUUCAAAGUCACCAUCAUUUCUGACCCUGAUGACAGAGGCAGUGGGCUUCUGUGCAGCGUUAGUAACUUUGUACCAGAUUACAUGGCUACUGUAUGGAGAUGGUGUUGUACCACAUAUGUUAACACCAAACUGGUGACAGGAGCAUUGCUUUCUGAGUGGGGGUGGAAUUCUGUGUGGCUGAGUGCCAGUACCUUCAAAAGAGCAUAACAGACAGUUUGUCAUAAUAAAAUGGCACAAUCUGGAAUGAAACCAUUGAGUGAAACUUAACUGCACUCCUAAAGCUAGGACAGUACUGACUUUCAGACAUGGAGCAGAGAUCCAUCCAUUGUGGCUGAGACAAUACUGCAGAAUGAAGGGUGAUUUUGUAUUGCUUAGCAAGACAAGUGACUGUCUGUAAGAUUCCACAGUGUUCUGUUUGUUCUCACAGAAUGGUACUGGAAGUCCAGUUGUUUCUGUAAUUUUAUCUCUCGCUCUAUAUUUGCAGUGUCCUAUUUGCUACUUACUGUAGGUAACGGCACAGUGCAUUUCAUCAUAUUGUUAAGAUAUGGCCCCAUAAGCAGUGGGAGUUUCCUGAAUGAAAAACUGUUCCCUCUGCAAGUUUAAAUCCAGCCAACCCAGUAGUACAAAAGGGGAUUUAAAAUCCCAUUCCUAACAAUAAAGGUGAAUAUAUAUACCAGUGUUUUGAUCUUGAUGGGCUGAAUAGUGUGUUGUCCAGUUUGUAAUGUACACAAAUCAAAAUGCAAUGAAAAGAAUUGCUUGUAACAACUGACUGAAUAUCAGGUUCAGUCUAUUGGUUUUUGAAUGGCAAAUGUGUUACUCUUUUUGCUGUGUUGUGUUUUUCACUUACUGGUAACUGGGAUGUUAAUUGUACGUUCAAGUUUCCGUAAAAGUAUGUGCUGAAGUUUUAUUCGUUUUAUGUUAUAGUUUUUAGAUAUUUAUAACACUGCGUCACUGACUUGCAAGUAAAGUUCAAGGUAAAUAAGAUCCAAAAGUUUGUGAAGAUGGUACAUUAAUACAAAUAUUAUGGUUCUGGACAUUAUCCAUCAUCCUGUUUUUAUUUAAAGUACAGUGUUUCGGAGACUGGAUUCUGUUUCUGUCUUCAGGUAAAACCUACUUAGGUGGGCCCAAUCAAAAGAAUUCAGUCUCUGAAACAUUGUGUUUUAAAAAAAAGCAGGACAAUAGAUAAUGUCCAGAAACAUAAAAUUCAUGGUGUUUAUUCUUUCUGUGUUUUCAGUCCAUACAAAGCAAACCACAUAGUACUUGAUCAUGAAUAUAAUUUUUAAUUCUCCCUUGUAAGAAAAAGCAGACCUUAAAUAUGGAAUAUGUUUCUUCACUGAAUUCAAAUUCCUGUUGCCUUGAUAAGAUUCAAGAUUCACAGCAGUCAGUAUUGAGUUUAAGAGUCUUCUGAGAUAUGACACCAUGUGGUGUGGUGUGUCGGUACCAGUGUCUUGGGAACCUUGAGGUAGAAGGCAUGAUCUGAGUGAGGGCGUGGUAUGUAACAUAGUGAGUGAAAGGACGGUUGGAACCUUAACUGUAAGUGAGCCAGUGGGGAAAAAAUGCUCUGAAAAGGCCGUAUUCUCAAGUAUGGGUGGGGGGGGGGAGGAAAUAUAGGAGGAAGGAAACAGGACAAACUGUAUGGUGUCACAUCCUAGAAGGUGGUAAUUUUUAUUACUCAUCACCUUGAAAACACAUCUUUUGUCUCAGUUUAAAAUGGGGGUUUAAUAGCAGGGACUAUU